AUGGGACAGGUUCGAAGAGGUGGCUCUGGAGGAAAACAUGGUGUUCAAAGUGGCUGUGAGGCGAGCACUAUGAGCUGGGAACAUGGGUUUGGUCCUCUUGAAGAUCAAGGCAUGGACGGAGGGCUGGCUGGCUGUGAUGACGGCAUGUUGGGCUGUCCUGGUGCUGGUUCCGGUGAUGGAGAGGGUUUUCAGGUAAAUUGUACUGACCAUGGCUCCUUAAGUGAUGAGAGUAGGGGCUGUGUAGCUCAUGAUGCGGAUUUGAUGGUUUUGGAAGGAAGAGGUGAUGGUGGAGGUGCUUCUAAGCCCUCUUUUCAGAAGCGUGUUAAGGAGAUGGUGCAGAAAUAUAAUCCGGAUAUUUUGGUGGUUAUGGAAACUCGUGUUGGGGUUAAUAGAGCAAGGGAAAUCACUGAGAGACUCCCUUUUGAUGGAGCUAUUCGCUCUGAUGCAGUUGGAUUUACUGGUGGAAUAUGGGUGCUGUGGAAUUCUGGAAAAGUUAACGUUGCCCAUUUGGCUAGUACUGAACAAGAAAUUCAUUUUACGGUUAAGGUACUCAAUUCUAAUGUUGUUUGGCUUUUUUCUGCUGUGUAUGCUAGUCCUAGAUGUGCUGAAAGACACAUUUUGUGGAAUAACCUUAUGAAAGUAGCAGACCUUCACAAUAUGCCUUGGGUUAUAGUAGGGGAUUUUAAUGAACCUUUGGUUAAUGAUGAUAAAUUUGGUGGUGGAGCGUUUAGUGUUAACAGCUCUCUUUUGCUCAAGGAGUAUUUAGAUAAAUGUAAUAUGAUAAACAUCGGCUUUGCGGGUCCUCGUUACACUUGGACUAAUAGAAGGGAAAUUCAAGCUUUGAUUCAGGAGAGAAUAAACAGAUUCUUUGUGAUCCCUCAGUGGUGUUUGCUCUACCCGGAUGCUAAAGUCACCCAUCUUCCUAGGUACCACUCUGAUCACUGUCCUGUUCUGUUAGAGAUGCAUCCUAGUGCCGUUGAUAGCUUCACUAGGAAUGUUGUGGAUUGGAAUAAAAAUCAGUUCGGGAAUAUUUUUACAAGGAAGAAAAUUCUGAUGGCUAGAAUCAAUGGUAUUCAGAAGGCUAUUGCUUCUAAACCUUCUAGUUUUCUUCUAAAGUUGGAAGUGGAUCUCCUUAGGGAUCUUGAUCUUGUUCUCAAUCAAGAAGAGGAGUUAUAG